AUGAUUCUAAAAAAUGCUGUUUUUGACCUGGACCAAUGUUAUAAUGAAAUAUAUCAAAACGAAGAUCGCGCGGUGUUUGGCAAGGGGCCAUAUGAGGUACGACCUGAGUUUCAACAUCUUGCUGUUGACGAAAAGCAGUGGGGUUCUCUAAGCCACGAAGAAAGAAAGUCCAGACUUGAGAAGUACGUAAACAGUGGCAUGGAUUGCAAGAAAGAUCUCUCAAAGUGUAAACGCAAGGACCGUGAUGAUUCGUCUACCCCGUCGACACCGGUAAUCUCAAUGACUGCCUCUCGGACAGAAAAAAUGUCCAUUUUCACCUCAGAAUAG